AUGGCGGAGGUAUCAAAGGUAACGCUCGAGCUGGCAAACGGCCAAAUCACGACCGUCCAAAGCGACAACGUCCUCGCAGCGCGGGGCAUUCCGUACGCCCGGGCGGAGCGUUUCCAACCGCCGGAGCCUGUUCCAAAAUGGUCAUCACUGAGGGACUGUACCCAGCCAGCUCCCAUAUGCCCGCAGUUCCGAUCCCGUCUUCACGCACUCGUCGGCCCCAUUGCGGAGGGUCGGACCACUUCCGAAGACUGUCUUCGCGUCAGCGUGUUCGCGCCGGCGCCGAAGCCACGGCCGUGUGUGCCGGUAAUGGCAUUCAUCCACGGCGGAGGGUACAUCGCCGGGGCCGGCGACCUCGACUGCUACUCGGGCGCGGGCCUCGCAAAGAAGGGCGUCGUGGUGGUGAACAUUGCGUACCGCCUAGGCAUCCUCGGUUACCAACGCAUCGAGGGACGAGCACCCGCCAACCUGGGGCUGAUGGACCAGAUUGCCGCCCUGAAGUGGAUACAAGGAAACAUCGAAUGCUUCGGAGGCGACCCGCAGAGGGUCUGCGUGUUUGGAGAGUCAGCCGGCGCUGAUUCUAUAUAUUGCUUGAUGGGGGCGGACGGGACAGAGGGAUUGUUCCAGCGGGCCAUUAUCCAGAGCCCGCCGUUGGGACUGCGUCUUUCUGACCGGCGUGAGAUGCUGCGUGCUCUGGAGCAGCUGGCCUCGGAACUGGUGCCCGCGGAUGCUGGUCAUGCGCCUGUGGAGGAGUUGCUGACGGUUCAGGACAAGUUGGCCGAGAGGGCAUUGUCGUUUGCUGCGGCCUUGCUGCCGUUUGGACCGGUACUCGGCCACCAUCCGCUUCCCGAUGCGGAAGGGUUCGAAAAGCGACUGGACGAGGCGAUUCGACGCGUGCCCAUCUUCCUGGGGUAUAACGGGGACGAGGGGUCCGCGUUUGUGCCGUUUUUUCGCAGCAUCGACCCCUUGGUGCGACCACGUGUCGAGUCGUCGGCCGUAGAGUACAUUGGCAGGAACUGGUUCAAAGACAAAGCUGACGAGUUGUAUCGAAAGAUUCAAGGUGCCGGGCCGCCGGAGAAGCCCUGGUUCUAUCGGUUCGACAUUGCGCCUGACCAGAGUCCCUGGGGCGCAGCGCACACGGUGGAUAUGCCCUUCCUGCUGGGGACUUGGGCUUGCUGGAAGGACGCGCCCAUGUUGAAGGGCCAUGGUGUCCACGAGAUGGUGGAGAGAGUUGGGGACGAACUGAAGAGCUUGUGGGUUGCGUUUGCCCAGGGCCGCGAUGUUGGGAGGACGGAGUUCGUCAUUGACGAGGACUUUGCCCUUGGGAGCCGAUAA